CUUGGAAGGGGAGAGAGUCAUUCCUCCUUUCCAACUCCAAAGUGUCUUCUUUCAGGACAUAAUGAGGGCGUUAUCUACACUACCUUCCCUGUAGUAUUGUCCUCCGCUUCGUCUUCAGAGGAAAAAACGAAAGAUGGUAGCCCCUUGGCAGAGUGAGGAAGGGUCUAGAGAGGCUAAGGUCGACGGCUGUGCGAAUAACUCUGCAGUCCUAUCAACAAGGGAGUGACAAGCGAAAAGUCAUCUCCAUGAAGAUGAUGAUUAAGAGACGGCGGUAAAAGAAGUACAAGAAGAGCAGGCAAUCAAGCGGGAAGCUAAGAACGGCACGGAAUGAGACUGAUUGCGGCUGAACGUGAUUUGAACGACUCAAGCCAUGGCGAAUGUACCUGCUGAAGGCCCUGUGGCGCUGCCGACGCUGAUGGUAAUGUGUGUGAUCUCCAUAGCAUGUGGGACGAUGGACGACGCCCUACAAGAGAGCAGUCUCUCCUACAACGCAACUUGUCCAGAGGACUGUACUUGCGGGCUCCUACGUUCAACACACUCGCAUCAUCUCCUCAACACCUUCCAUUGUUCCUUCGCCAAUAUGAAAUCCUUCCCUCCAAAUAUACCGCUAGAUAUACAGGCCCUCAUAAUCAAAGGAAACUCGAUCAGAAACGUUCCAGAUCCUGUUUCAAGAUUGACGGAGCUUCGAGAACUCGAUUUGUCAGGAAACAGUAUUAGUUCUUUAGGCAGAGGAGGUAUGUUCCAAAACAUGUCAAGAUUAGAGUACCUUAACAUGGGCAAGAAUUUGAUUUCAACCAUAUUCCACGACAACCUCUUGGGUCUCAAGAAUCUGGAACAACUUAUCCUUACCAGUAAUAAGCUAACCUACAUCGAGGACGAAGCAUUCGCUGAUCAGACGCACUUGCUGACCCUUGUACUUGAGAACAAUUUACUCGGGUCAUUAUACGCUGAGUGGUUCCAAGGGCUGGACGCUCUCGUGGAACUCAACUUGGCCUACAAUAGGAUCCACAACAUUCCCGCAUCAGUAUUUCUCCACCUCCAGUCCCUUGAACGUCUGGACCUCACAGGGAAUCGCAUUUCAACUGUGAAUCCCGGAGCUUUUGUAGGCCUUUCGAACCUCAAACAUCUGGUAAUAGCAGACAAUUUCCUUUCCAGAAUACCCGCUGCAGCCUUCCAGAGCUUGGUGUCUCUCCUGACACUGAAUCUGGACCAGAAUCCCCUCGUCAAAAUCAAACCGAUGGACUUCUCCAACCUCAGCGUGACCAAAAUCAGCCUUUGCCAAAUGCCUAAGCUGGAAAUCAUUGAUUCUAAAGGGUUUUAUGACCUUGCUAACAUAACUACAAUAAAGGUCACUCACAACAGUAAACUUGCGUAUGUGGAUUCUUUUGCCUUCGUGAAUGUAGAAACACUGAAGGACCUGCAGCUCCAUAAUAAUAACCUUAGAGGAAUAGAGAAAGAAAUUGUAGACAUUUUACCUGAAGGAGUUCAAGUGUCUCUGUACAACAAUCCUUUACAUUGUGACUGCAAUGGGCGAUGGCUUCGUCAGUUGAUGGAUGAAAGGGAUAAUGGUAGUGUAAUUUUAGUGGAACCUGAGCAUCUUACCUGUAGUAGCCCCCCUCCAUUUGCUUAUAAGCUUCUGAAAGAUAUUUUUCCAACAAAUCUUCCAAAAACCUGUCUUCCAGUUGUGCUCAAUUUAACACAGACACACUCUGUAGUUAGAGAAGUUGGUGAAAAACAAGUAUUGGAAUGUCGUGCACUUGGUUCCCCGCGACCCCAAUUGCGGUGGAUUUUGCCUGACGGUUCGCUGGUCAAUUCCACCCUGAACGAGGUUCGGCGACGGUUCUUCCCUCCUGGAACCCUCGUGUACUACCACCUGAAGCCAAGGGACGGCGGCUCGUACACCUGCGUGGCCGAGAACUCCGUCGGCGAGACCAGGAGCUCUCUCACCCUCAACGUCACUGGCAUCGACAUCCACCUAUUCCCCAAACAUGUGUCGUCGACCCUUGUGACCCUUAUCUGGAAUGGAACAGAAUGUCGAGCGUUCCCCUCGUACAAGAUUAUCUUCAAUCGAAUCGACGCCAACGGGAUGGACGUCGGGGAGAGGAGAUCCAGGAAUGCAAGUCCCACCAGAAAGGUCUUCUCCAUCACAGGUCUCCAUCCAGACUCCACCUACCGCUUCUGCAUCGGCUACGAAGACGCAAAUGGCUACUGGCUUCAGAUUUCUUGCUGCAUUGCGAACACUGAGGAUUUAGAGUACAGGAAGCAGGGACUUUCUCGGAUUUCCAGCGUGGCUGUCGCUGCGGUGGUGGUCCUUUUACUGGCGGCGACUGUGCUCGGCCAUCUGGUAUCGUUGGCGGUCAGGAAAUAUCGCCAGAGAGCGUACCAGGCAACGGAUAAAGUUGGCGAGGACUCCAGCAUCCCCCUGGAUAACCUAUACCGCCCUCUCCUCAUGGGUUCUGACGAUAGGAAGACCUGAUGAGAGGGUAUCAAAUGGCUACACAGCAAGGGCAUGUAAGAGAGCGGAUUCGCUUGUGAAGUCGGAGCUACAGGGAAGUCACACACACACGCACACGCACGCACACACACACACACACACACACACACACACACACACACACACACACACACACACACACACACACACACACACACACACACACACAUACACACACACACACACACACACACACGUGCGCGCGCGCUAACUAAACGCAAAGAAACACAAUAGAAAUAUACUGUAAAAUCAUACAUACAUUUGUCCAUGCCAUAACAUAGUAAUUCAGAUGUGUGGUUGCAUUUCCGGCCAUUUUGCAUUUGUUUAUAAUAUUGCAAGUUUUUAGAAUAAAAGUAUGAA